CGAUGUCCAAAAAAGUUGAACUUGCUUCCUGAGGCGGCGCCUGCCCAAAGUAUCAUCAUCGACAGGGACAAGCUGACGACGUGCAUCCGCCCUUUUGCCUGUUGCACUUUCCUUCUUGCCGAAUAACUCGGGCGCGCAAGCUAAUUUGCUUCGACAGACUAAAGGAAGGAGCGCGUUUGACGUUCAUAAACAGGAAGUCGCUCCAUCUUUCAGCUAAAUGCAUUACCGCCACGGCGACACCUCUGGCGACUUGGCGGAUGGAGAUCGAAACUUGCAGCGACUCCUAUCGUCUUGAUGCUAUGCGGUUCAAUUGAAUCAGGACCUGCAAGCAGUUUGAUGUCGAAUAUCUGUUCGUCUCCGUGAAACGGCAUAGUUUUCUUGACCAACGCAGGCGCGAGAGGGUGCGCGGUGGGCACAACCGAUCAAGCAUCCAACAUGGCUGGCUACUACAACCAGCAACUCCCGCCACCUAACUAUGGCUCUAAUAGCUCCUUUCAUCCUUCUUUCCCCGCGCAGCAGCCCCCACAAGGCUAUGGCAACAACGCGUACAAUCCACCUGCACCGACGGCGUUUGACCAGCAACUCCAAUACUCAACAACGGGCCAGAGCGUAUACGGCAUGGAGCCCACCACUCCCGUGCUAGACCAGAACCAGAUGAACUGGUUCUGGAGCGAGGUACGGAGCGGACAUAUCCCUACCAUUCCUUCUGCACAGGGGCAGCCUACUUUUGCUCCACCUCCUCAGAUGCCUCCUCAGCAAGCGUAUCACGCUCAUCCUCCUCCGCCACAGCAGCAUCAGCAAUACCAGUACCCGCCUCCGCAGCAGUACGGAAGUCAAACCUCGACGCGGCAGAAUGCGUUUCCGACGCAGCAAAGCGCCGCGACAUACAAUUCCGCACAGGAUGUGCCUAUGGACGACGCUUACAAGGAUGACGAGGAUUGGAGUGACGGGGAUGAAGAAUACGCGCCGCCGGAUAUCAACAAUAAUAACAACGAUGGGAGUGUCAGUGGCACCAAUGAAACCAUACCUGGUCUGGGACAUAUUUCUCAGGGAAACAGGACGGCAAGAGAAUCGGAUUCGCAACCUCUACAGCAACCUCUACCUCCUUUCAACCCUUUCAAAUCGCAGUCUCUCCAUACUCCCCCUUCCGAACCUCCACCGCCGGCUUCGAAGCCACACAUCCAGAUUCAAGUUCAGCCCAAAUCGAGCUCAGUUGAGCAUCAACCGAAACGACCAAACAUUGCACUACGCGACAAGGCGGGGGAAGUCCUCCGGGAUUUUCAUGCACAUGGUAUUGGCUAUGCACAGCUCUCUGAGGAGCCUGGGUUUGAUGAGUUUGAAAAGAACUUGCUUCGACAAUUGUACACGCAGUACAACAUUCCACAAGAGUCUCCACAGCCCGUAACAACCUCAAAGCAGUCAGCUGCUUCGUCUGCUGUCCAUGAAUCUAGUGAGGAGCGGCUAUCAGAGGUGAAGAGACUAUUAGAAAGUGCUGGGUUUGAGAUUGACGAUGUGACUCUUGCUUCACUUGCGAAACCACGGCUGCCUCCAAAUGCAGCACAACAAGAGCCCGUGACGAGCACUCUUCCAGGCCUUGGCGCUAUGACGACACAGCAGCAGCAAGAGAGUGCAACACCACCUCAUACUCGUCCUCUGAGUACAAGUGCCUCAGCUGCUGCUGAUAUAACUGAAGGACGCAGCGCAUACCUCGCCAAACUCAAAGCUAUGAAAGGCAAAACUGUCGUCUCGUCCCAUCAAUCCACGCCUGUGCAGACCGGCGCCCAGACAAAUGCACCUGGACCUGGGGCAUCAACUCCACGUCGCGCUAUGAUCAACCAAGAGGCUCUUAAGCGUAAAUUGCUCGAAAAGCGGGAGGCAUUGGCCCGAGCAGCAGCGGCUGGAGUAGUAGGGGAAAGUCCCUCCGGGCGGGCGUCUGCGCCACUCCGCACCGAAUCUGUGUCCGACAUAGCAUACGAGAGCGGCCAAGCUUCUGCUCCAUCUGGCUCUGAGGCGACGAAUACGCCGGUCAUCGAUAUGUCAUCUCCCGAAGAGACUGAGGAGCUCGGAGAAGGCGAAGAGGGCAAUGAAAACGACGGUCCUGAGACAGGCGAAAUCUCAGAAGUUGCCACAACCAAACCUAUUCCUACGUCUGUGGUGCAGCAGACAGCUCAACCAUCUGGAUUGCCUCAAAAGUCUGCAGAGCCUAGUAUCAGCUCGUACGUAGCAAAUAACAGCGACCAGUCUGUGAGAAGAUCUCCAAGAUCUGGAUUACCAGCACGGCCUCCUGGAGCUACAUCACGGUAUUCACAGCCUUAUCCACCCGCUGUUCAUUCACCUGGACAAUUUGGGCGACCAUGGCAGCAAGAUCUCAAACGUCCUGCAUCUUCGGCUUUUGGUUCACCUUGGAGUCAUCCACAAGCAAAAAGGCCAUAUCCACCUCAGCCUGUAGAUGAAGCGCCUGAACCAGUUGUCAUUGAUAUCAGCAGCGAAGAGGAAGACGAGGAAGACGACAUGAGUGUGGGAGAACUUGACGAUAUUCAGCAUGGACGCUCCACAUGGAAGCGAUCGAUGCAUCAGAGUGGACAAUCUUCCGGAUUUGCAACACCUCCUGUCAUAACAACACCUGACCCCGUCACAGCUGCCCGACAGGAAGAACAUGCACGUCAGAAGGCGCUCAUCGAGGCCAAAAGAGACGCGCUUAAACGACAGAUUCAACUCAAAGAGGCGCAGAAGAGUCAAGUCAGCACGGGGCAUGUCAGUCCUGCAACCGCUAUCUCCGCACCUAACUCUUCCGCAAGUCUCAGCAAAGACAGACUCACCAAAAUUCGCUCUUCUUCCAUGACGUCGCACUCCUCCCCUAGCGUCUCUGCGUCUGCGGCGCGGCAAGCUGCGCUCAAGUCACUCGAAGCGGAUAUCCGCACAGACGAGCAGCAGCUAGAAGCUUUGCAAGCCCAGAUCGAUAGUCUCAAACGGGACAUGGAGCGAAAAAACAGAGAGAAAGACGCAUUGGCAAAGGAAAUCAGGGAAUUUGGAGUCGAUCCCGAAGGCUUGAGUUUUGUGCAGAUGAGAGAAAUGCGAGAUAGUCUAGCAGAAGGCGCUCCGACAGCAGACACUGAGCAGGAUAUGGCGAUUAAUGAGGAUGACGAAAUGGAGGAGGAGGAAGAAGAAGGAGAAGAAGAAGAAGAAGAAGAGGAGGAGGAGGAGGGGGAGGAGGAGAGUGUUGAAGAAAAGAGCGGGUCUCAAGACGAAGAUGAUCGCCGGGAAGUCUUUCUGCCUCAGAAUGCCGAUGAUUCCAUCCCAGAGGCAGAUGACCCGCGUGCUCUUGCCUCGGGCUCCCGCAUUCAAAUCCAUAAUAUCUCUUUCAGGGCAACCAAGCAGUCUUUGCGUCGAUUGCUUGGCGCCUACGACAUCACAGGAAUCUCCUUGCCAAACCAUAACAAAAAGCAGAUGAAGAAAAAGCAAGCAGGUCAUGCAUUGGUAGACUUCCUCUAUCCGGCGGAGGCGGAAGAUGCCAUUGCUGAAUUGAAAGGAAAGGUGUUCGAAGGACUGGUCAUAAGUGUGGGCAGAGUAGCACCUCCUUCGCCCCAGGGUACCAGGAGAGGAAACAAGCAGGUAAAGGAGGCUGGUGCUUCAGGUGCCAAAGCUAAAGAUGUUCGUGGCCAUGAGACAUCUCACCCUGUGCAGAUUCGCGUAAGCAGACUCGCUGAGCGCCUAUGUAAUCCGACCUCAUUUCAAGGCUGGCUAGGGCGCUUCGUCCAUGUUGCGACAAAUAUAAAUUUCGUUAAGGACAAGUCAACGCAGAAACCAAUUGGAGUUGUCUACUUGGAACUACCAGAUUAUCGAACGGCAUCCGAGCUUGUACAAGUUAAAAGCGGACGGUCGACUAGAAAGAGCCCUUUUGUUGUGGAGAUAAUCGAGGGAGACGACGAUGAGUAUGAACCAGAGCCUCCGCAGCAAGCGUUGGGGUUCUUGCAAGCUUUGAAGGGAACUACCAGAGAAGAACCUGUUGCUCCUGAAGUUGCAAAAGUCGAAGUCAGUGACGACGAAUCUGACGAUGAAGAGGAAGACGAUGACGCGAUGUGUGAGAGUGAGGACGGCUCUGAAGAGGGUGAAGUUUCCGAGAAGGAAGAAGAGAAAGGCAACGAAGAUCACAUUUCAUCGACUCAACAUGUUCCUCAUUCGCAUAGUCACUCUGCUUUCCCUGUAAUUGCGGAGGCUUCCGACGAAAUGAACGCUACCGAAUUCAAAUCUGGUCAGGAUGCGGAGAGCAGCGAGAAUGACGACGAGCCAGAAAUUCCUGGCGACCUUGGAGCGGUUCUUCAUGAUGUGGAGGACGUUCCCAUGGAUGAAGAUGACGUUGAUUCUUCGGAAGAAUUCGAGGUUGAGACGAUGUCUGAUGAUGAAGAGGGCGAAAGCGAGGAGAAAACUGAGCCUGUUUUACCCGGGGGUGAAGGAUCCUCUCCGAGCGAAGAAAGCAGUGCGGAAGAAGGUGAAGAAGAGGCAGAAGAAUUUACGCUUCAAGUCCCUGACGUGGCCAUGCAUCCAAAUAUGGCAGAACUUGCAUCAAAGCACGGUGCUACAAACGAGUCACAAGCUUCUGAUAUAGGCAAGAUCGAAGAAAUUCGAGAUGAAUUAAUGACAGGCGUCGUGCCGUCCGUCGGAGAACAUGUGGAGGCUCAAGGCCCACUUGCGCCGGCUGAGCCUUCCAUGUCAUCUGAACAGGGUUUCAACUCUGCUACGGCAGAUGUUGCCAUGGCUGAAGGGACUGAUAUGCUGGACGAUAAUGACGACGAUUUCUACGAACCUGAUGUCACUGAAGUUGUAGCUGAGCCUGGCCCAGCUUAUCAACCUUCGACUGAAUAUGCCGAGGAGGACGAGUACGACCCUGAACUAAAUGCAGAACCAUUUCCCGAAACUGACGAUGUAUUUGCAAAUAUCGGAGGAGCCCGCAGUGGAUCGAAUGAUGCCAAUACUGUGCAACUAAAGGAGCCAGGCAAGUCAAGCGGUGACAAUGGUAGAGACGGAGAAGAAGGGGCUCAACCUGAUGAAGAACCCACCAGCGUCAAUGGUGGUGGUGCCUUGCCAGGCAAUACAAUGAACCUGCAGAAUGAGGUCCCCAAGGCCGCGGAGCAGCUUUCCGAGGAUGGUGAGGUUCUGACUGAGUCAGAUAGCAGCGUUGAUGGCGAAGAAAAAGCAUAUGUUGCCGCUACUGCCGUUGACAAUGCUGUUCCAUCACCGUCUCUUGUUUCUGUUUCUGGACUUGCUCAUCAUGCUGACGACCACUUCGACGACACUCCAUCCCCACGGAUCAGCUUUCCCAUACCCAAGAUGCGUCCGCUUGGAUCUAAACCGCCUGACGCACCUAAGACCUCAAGAAUCGAAGACUCCGCUAAUAUUAAUUCGACCGUAAUAGCUGACUCCAAGUACACGCCUUAUCAAAGCCCUUUGAAGUUUCUAAAAUCCUAUCGGUACCAUCCCAAUUUCAGUGCUGACGUCCCAGGUGGCAUGCGUUCCCUUACUUAUAGCCAUAAAUUGGACGCAAGACAGCCAUUAUGCCAGGCUGAACUUGAAGGUGGGACGUGCAACCAUCCGCUGGAUUGUUCAGGACAGCAUUUCAACGAUUAUGCCUUUUCAGAUUCUGAUAUCAUCAAGCUUAUUGGCAGCAUCGACCCAAGCCGGCCGCAGGAAGAGAAGGUCAGGUGGUCUAAUGGUGUGAAAAAAUUGAUUGCAGAAAUUCAAAAGGAGGGGAUUAAAGAUCUGGAAAGCAUUGCCCAGAAAGUCGUAGCACACAGACGUGUCUUCUUUGGAAAUUCGAUUCUGGGAUACGAGUCGCCUGCGGUGAUGGACUUCGACGUCCGUGGUAUUGAUGGUGGAGCAGAAGUGGAGGGAGAUGACGACCAGGCUGAUGGUCAUGACGAUGUCCAUGACGCAAAGAGCGAAAUAGAGGCGUAGCUGACAAAAGAGAAGAGUAGAGAUAGCACGACGACGGGUGUCCCGCAAAAGGAGGCACGCGCUCGUGCUGCUCUACCGAAAGAACUCGCUGACCAGACAAUCCUCUGCCCUGCCGCACAGCCCCAAGCUCAAUGUACUGCAUACCGAUGCCGACAUUGUUCUAGUCGACGCUUCCACUGAGAGGGUUGUUCUGUCGGGGCCGGGACGUGAUUCUUUGACAUCACCCCCCACCCCGUCUUUGCCCCUCAUUUCGAUGUAUUCUUUCUAGGGCGCGUUUGCAUCAAUUCCAGUAAGACGUAGGCAGCAGCAUACAGUUUUGAUUCUUAGCGAUGGCGUUUGUUUACACGGGCCCUAAUUGGAGCCUUGGGUUUUGAAUGCUUGACAACACGCGGGCCUGCGUGUGUGCAGAUUGCGUCUCCGAGAACUGCGCUCGCAUCGGGAUAAAGUAGUCAAUGCAUAAUCUGUUU